ACCAAGACCAAACACAGACACACACACAACAAAAGCUUCACACAUAUUCCAUAAUGUCAACCCCACCAAUGUCCUUCUUUCCCUUCCUUCUCUCCCUCUUCCUCCUCUUACCCUUACUCUUAGCUCAAGCUCCAUCACCGCCUCCAACACAAGCUCCUCUUCCUCCUCCUUCUUCCUCUCCAUCACCAUCUCCAACACAAGCUCCUCUUCCUCCUCCUUUUUCCUCUCCAUCACCAUCUCCAAUACAAGCUCCUCCUCCUCCUCCUCCUUCUUCAACUCCAUCACCAUCUCCAACACAAGCUCCUCCUCCUCCUCCUUCUUCCUCUGAAGCAUGCAAAUCCACACUCUACCCAAAACUCUGCCGUUCCAUCCUCUCCUCCAUUCGCUCUUCCCCAUCCGACCCUUACCACCUAGGCAAAUUCUCCAUAAAACAAAGCCACAAACAAGCCAAGAAACUCUCCAAAGUCUUCAACGACUUCCUGACAAAGCACCACGACUCUUCCUCCCUCAACCAGGCUGAGCUCGGCGCACUGGACGACUGCGGCGAGCUCAACAACCUCAACGUGGACUUUCUGAAGAAAGUCUCCGACGAGCUGAAAGACUCCACGGAGGCUUCCAGCGUCGACGAGGUGGUGGAAGAUGUCGAGACGUAUCUGAGUGCGGUGGCCACAAACCACUACACUUGCUAUGAUGGGUUGGUGGCGAUCAAGAGUAAGUUUGCUGAUGCUCUUGCGGUGCCUCUCAGGGAUCUGACGAAGCUUUACAGUGUGUCGCUUGGGUUGGUUUCACAGGCUGUGAGGAAAAACCAGAAGAAGCAUAAGACGCGUAAACAUGGGCUUCCCACCAAGAAUUUCAAAGUGAGGCAGCCACUUGAAAAGCUUAUUAAGCUUCUUCACACAAAGUAUAGUUGCAAUAACUCAUCCAAUUGUGCUAGAAGUGAAAGGAUUCUUAAAGAAAGUGAAAGCAGAGGAGUUCUGCUACACAACUUUGUGGUCGUUAGCCAUGAUGGCACAGACAACUUCACUUCCGUUGGAGACGCUAUUGAUGCAGCACCCAAGCAUUUGAAGCCUGAAGAUGGCUAUUUUCUCAUCUAUGUCAAAGAAGGAAACUAUGAGGAGUAUGUAGCUGUUCCCAAAGAAAAGAAGAAUAUCUUGCUUAUUGGUGACGGAAUCAACAAGACUUGCAUCACAGGAAAUCACAGUGUCAUAGAUGGUUGGACAACUUUCAAUUCUUCAACCUUUUCUGUCUCCGGAGAAAGAUUUAUUGCAGUGGAUGUCACAUUCAGAAACACAGCAGGCCCUCAGAAGCACCAAGCAGUAGCAGUGAGGAACAAUGCAGACCUGUCCACAUUCUACCGUUGCAGCUUUGAGGGCUACCAAGACACUCUCUAUGUCCACUCCCUCAGGCAAUUCUACAGAGAAUGUGACAUCUACGGAACCGUCGAUUUCAUCUUUGGCAAUGCUGCAGUGGUCUUCCAGAGCUGCAACAUCUAUGCCAGGAAACCAAUGCCAAACCAGAAGAACGCCAUCACGGCACAAGGCAGAACUGAUCCCAACCAAAACACUGGAAUUUCAAUACAGAAUUGCAGGAUUGAUGCUGCACCAGACUUGGCUGCAGCUUUGAAUUCCACUAAGAAUUUCUUAGGCAGGCCAUGGAAAGUGUAUUCCAGGACUGUGUUUUUGCAGUCAUACAUUGGUGAUUUGAUUUAUCCUGCUGGAUGGUUAGAGUGGAAUGGCACUGUUGGGUUAGACACACUCUUUUAUGGCGAGUUCAACAACAAUGGACCUGGUGCUGAUACCAACAAUAGGGUAAAAUGGCAGGGUUACAGUCUCUUGAAUGCUACUCAAGCUUUGAACUUCACUGUCCUUAAUUUUACCUUGGGGGGUACAUGGCUUCCUGAGACAGAUAUACCCUACACUGGAGGACUUGAUGACUGAAGUUAUACUGAAGUAGUAAAUUUGUUUCAUUCAUUUGCUAGUUGUAACAUCGCUUUUUUUAUUUUAGGAGAGUUUGACAAGACCGAAGUCCUCAGUUUCCAUUUGGUGUCCUCUUCCUUGUACCACCAAUCAUACUGUGUCAUGUCAUUUAAAAUCUAGUCAUGCUAGGUUAUAAUUGUCGUACCCAUACCUACAUGUAAUAAUUUGAUUAGUGGGACAUGGGAGAGAACACUAAAUGAGGACAAAUGAUCUUCAUCCGAGCUCAAUAAAGGCCACAUCAUGAAUAUUUGGAUGAAAUUCUAAAUUUUAUAUGUAAAAUAAGGUUAUCAUUCGUGUA